GCAGUCGUCGCGUGGACCCCGAAGCGUUUACUACCCUUGUCUAUUCUAGUGAAAACACGUAAUUAAUUAAAAGUAUUAGGCUAUGCAGUUUUUUUUAGAUUAAUUUUUUCGAGAUAAAGUAUUAUGACAAAGUGUUUUUUAAUAAUUAAAUUAUUUGUUCAACACAAUAAUGAUCAGGGAUGUAAAAAAUGCUUCAUAAUUAUUAUUGAUAAUUAAUUCAAUAAUAGUCAUCUUGAAAAAACACAAUUGUUUGUUGCUGAAAAUUUGUAUAAAAGUUGACACUAAUAAUUAUGGUGGAUUUGCAAAUAUCAAAAAAUAAUUCAGAAACUCUUUGCAAGCUCCAGUAUCAAUAUUUUACUCCACCAAAAGGAGAAAUUUGGUGCAGCGCAGCCUGGGAUUCAAUUCUUUGUUGGCCUCCAAUAUCAUCAUCGACAACAUCAAAACAGAGAUGUCCUCUUGACAAUGGAGUCGAUACUUCAAAAUUUGCGGAAAGACGAUGUAGUGUGAAUGGAAGCUGGGAGGGUCGUGGAAAAUUUGGUGAACAAGAUUCUCCAAAUGGCUGGACAAAUUAUACACCCUGUUUCACCCCAGAAAUGCUGAUGCUCAUACGAAAACUUUAUGCGGGUACCAAGGAUGCAGCAAAGCUAAGACUAGAAAUUGCAGAAGCAACAAGGACUUUAGAGUUUGUGGGAUUAAGUAUAUCAUUGGCAGCUUUGGUUAUUUCACUAACUAUAUUUUGUCGAUUCAGAUCAUUGAGAAACACAAGAACGAGAAUUCACAAAAAUUUAUUUGUCGCGAUGGUUAUUCAGGUUUUAAUUAGAUUGACCUUGUACAUAGAUCAGGCAUUAUUAAAAUCUUCUGUUUAUGGACCAAAACAAGGAAUCAAUAACACGCCCAUUUUGUGCGAAGCGAGCUAUGUACUUCUUGAAUAUGCAAGAACAGCAAUGUUUAUGUGGAUGUUUGUAGAAGGUUUUUUUCUACAUAAUAUGGUUACUGUCUCAGUUUUUCACCAAGCAUCAUAUUAUCGUAUAUAUCGAUUGAUCGGCUGGGGUCUUCCAAUUGUCAUGACAUCAGGCUGGGCACUUGUCACAGCACUUAACUAUCAUCCAUCAAAAUGCUGGUGGGGAUACAAUCUUUCAGUUUACUUUUGGAUUUUAGAAGGUCCACGAAUGGCUAUAAUUUUGCUUAAUUUUCUGUUUUUGUUAAAUAUUGUUCGAGUUCUAGUUGUUAAACUACGACAAAGUCAUUCUAGUGAAAUUGAACAAGCAGGAAAAGCAGUUAGAGCAGCUGUUGUAUUACUUCCACUUUUAGGAAUAACAAAUUUAGUUUCAAUGACGAGUGCACCAUUAGACAAAACGUUUUGGUUUGGAAUGUGGUCAUAUACAACUCAUUUCAUGACUUCCUUUCAAGGAUUAUUUAUUUCAACACUAUAUUGUUUUUUAAAUGGAGAAGUGAGACUUGCAGUGAAAAAAUCAAUAUCAGUAUAUUUAUCAUUGAGAACGGCAGAGCCAAACAAUCAAAGACGAUCUACAUUGGGUGCUAGUCAACCACCCCAAUUAAUAUCAGUGAUUGAAAUGGAGCAACCGUCAGGAAGGUUCAACAGCUGGACUGGACUUUGUUGACACAAGAAAAAUUCUUUGCCUCUCGAACAACAUGCCGAGACAGGGGUCUGACCUUUGUGUCUUUUUUUUACGAAUUAUUAUUGAACAAAAUUGAAUAACGAAUUACCUCAGAAUGAAAAUGAAAAGUGAAAAAAAUAUAAACAUUUCCGUACAGAAUAUAGACUGAUCUAAAAACAAAU